UCCAAGCGUACUGUAUAUGGAAUCUGGGUCAGCUGUAGCUGGUUAGUGCAUUUCUGCAUGUGACAGUAAGACACAGCAGCUUCAAACACACUACUAUCCCUUUUUCUGGAAUAGAAUACACUGGAACUUCAGUUAUGUUUCUUAGAUUUAGUUAGCUUGAUUUUUUUAUUCUAUUAAAUCUGCAGGAAGACGAUCAAUUCCUUAAUACAGUUUGGAUCUGACAGGACAAGAAAAAACGUUUUCACUAGAACUACAAAUUAACAAACAAAAACACUGGUAACACGAAGAAGAAAAAACAAGUUGACUUCUGGAUUUUUAAUCUACUGUAGAAGCCAAAAGCAGCAGCAAAAUUUGUUUUUGGAAUCACCUGCAGAUUAAGAGACCCCAGAGAAAAAGCUAAAGGGAAAUUCUUCUGAAAACCAUCACAUUCAUCUCAAAAUGAAGAUCUCUACAUGGACUUUGGGUGUGCUAUUAUUCCUACUACUGUCUACAGGACACUGCACAGAAAAGUCUAAACUCAGUAAAUUAUCGAAGAGGCACCCUCGUUCAACAGAUGGUGGAGAGGAAGGAAAAAAAUGUGGUUAUACUUUCUUGGUUCCUGAACAAAAAAUUACAGGGCCAAUUUGUGUAAACACCAAAGGACUAGGAGCAGAUAACAGAAAAGAUGAAAUCACAAGGAUGGACAUAGAGAAUCUGAAGGAAGUAUUGUCCAAGCAGAAACGCGAGAUUGAUAUCUUGCAGCUUGUGGUGGAUGUGGAUGGAAAUAUUGUGAAUGAGGUAAAACUGCUGAGAAAAGAAAGUCGCAACAUGAACUCCCGAGUCACUCAGCUCUACAUGCAGCUCUUGCAUGAGAUAAUCCGAAAGCGCGAUAAUUCACUUGAGCUUUCCCAACUGGAAAAUAAAAUCCUCAAUGUUACAACAGAAAUGUUGAAAAUGACAACACGAUACAGGGAGCUUGAAAUAAAAUAUGCAGCACUAACAGAUCUUGUAAAUAAUCAGUCUGUGAUUAUCUCUUUAUUGGAAGAGCAGUGCUUGCAGAUACUGUCACGACAGGACACCGACAGAUCUCCUCCUCUUGUUCAGGUGGUGCCACAGCACAUUCCUAACAGCCAGCACUAUACUCCCAGCCUUUUGGGAGGUAAUGAGAUACAGAGGGACCCAAGUUAUCCUAGAGACAGAGACAUAAGGCCACCACCUGAUCCAGCUACUUCUCCUACAAAAAGUCCUUUCAGGAUACCACCACUAACUUUAAUCAAUGAAGGUCCUUUCAAAGACUGUCAACAAGCCAAAGAAGCUGGGCAUUCCAACAGUGGGAUUUAUAUGAUCAAACCAGAAAACAGCAAUGAACCAGUACAGUUAUGGUGUGAGAACAGCCUGGACCCUGGAGGCUGGGCAGUUAUUCAGAAAAGGACAGAUGGAUCUGUCAAUUUCUUCAGGAAUUGGGACAGUUAUAAGAAAGGAUUUGGAAAUGUUGAUGGAGAGUACUGGCUGGGACUAGAAAAUAUUUACAUGCUUACCAAUCAGGACAAUUAUAGGCUAUUGAUUGAACUAGAAGACUGGAGUAAUAAGAAAGUCUAUGCAGAAUACAGCAGUUUUCGCCUGGAGCCUGAAAGUGAAUUCUAUAGGCUGCGUCUGGGAACUUACCAGGGAAAUGCAGGGGACUCCAUGAUAUGGCACAAUGGAAAACAAUUUACAACACUGGACAGAGAUAGAGAUACAUACACAGGAAAUUGUGCCCAUUUUCACAAAGGAGGCUGGUGGUACAAUGCUUGCGCACAUUCUAACCUUAAUGGAGUGUGGUACAGAGGAGGCCAUUACAGAAGCAAAUAUCAGGAUGGGAUUUUUUGGGCUGAGUACAGAGGAGGUUCAUAUUCCCUGAAAGCAGUUCAGAUGAUGAUCAGACCCAUUGACUGAAAAAACCCCUCCCCCAUACCUCACCAUCUCAAGUGAUCAAAUAUAAAACUUUUCAGUGCUUGAGCUCCAGGAAAAAAAAAAGUUACAUUUAAACUCUUAUUUUGCACAAUUUAGCUCUCCAAAGUGCUACAAGUGUUUUGGGUUUGUUUGUUUUUUUAAACUUUCUCACUGUGAUACAAUAUGUAUUAAAUAUACAGCUUCUAAUAAUUCACAAAACACACAAGAUGGUUAAACAUUUGCAAUAAAUAUUGAUCUUCAUUAAAGCCCUAUACAUUUUACAUUAAUUGCAGCCAUUAAAAUGAUUAAAAUAGUUCUUAGAUUACAGUACAAGUUUCUCCAGAUCAGUUCAACCUUUAAAUGUAAAAAUGUGAAACUAUUUGUCUUAUUUUAAUGUGAAAAUGAAUUCAUUUUCAGUUAUUUAAUAGUUUUUUAAAAACUGAUUAUAAGAUUACUUUCAAUGUAUAUUUGAUCUUACAUUGUUUUAACAUUUACAUACACAAUGAGUUUGCACCCUAAAAUGGUAGACAGAAAAUUGGAGAGAAACUCUAGUUUUGCCAGCAGAAAUAUAUUUUGUUGCAAAUAAACGAUAAAGUUAUUUCCACAUGAAGUUGUGAAUUCAACAUAAAAUAGUUGCUAAUAAUGUAGCCUGUUUCUUACAGGACAUGUGUAUUCUGCUUCCCAUCAAAGUGAUUAGGAGAAAUGUUUUCUUAGCACAAUAAAAACAAAAUACAAUUCUUAUAACACAAACACUCUUAUAAAUGCAUGAGUAAAUUCCACAGUGCUCAUGUCUUUUCUAUUUGUCUUUGUAUUGAACACAUGUGGCAUGCAGGCCAUGCUAUCUAUGGUAUGCAUGCUACUGAAUAGGAAAAUCAUUCUUGAUCACUUGAAAACUCGAAGAUAAUCAGCAAAAUAGGUAAAAACUUUAAAAAAUAUUUUACUAGAAUAUAUGAAAUACACAUUUUCUCAACCUUUUGCAAAUUGUAACCCAACUGGCAUUUUGAAAUAAUUGCAAUUAAUCUCAGCUUCCAAGAAGGCAUUAAAAUUCAAAUUUUUUUUCAUUUUUAUUAGUUCAUGACUUGAACAGAAUUUAUAACAUGUUGACACUACAUAGUAAAUUCAGAAAAUAUGAUGCAGUUAAAGAAAUUAAUGUUAAUUACUAUAUUAAUUUAUUUCUAAACUUCGUAUAAAUGCAGUCUGGGGACAUUUGUGCUUGCCUAGAUGAGGAAAGAUGUAGAUCAACUUCAAAAGCAAGAAAAGAGUGGUAUUUCUAAGGCAAAUUUGGGUUGACACUCUUGUGGCUCAGAUAUAAAUGGAUGGAAGGGACUUUUACUACUUCACUCAUACUUUCCAGGUACUGAUUAGGUACACAAGAAACCCAGCAUAGAGUAAAGAGUUUCUUGGUUUCAUAGACUCAAGUUGACUUUGCCAAGUAUUAACAAAGAACAGUCCCACCUAUAGCACUAUUUACUAGUUUGCUCAACAAAAUGAUUCAAAAUCCAAUUCUUAAGUUAAUCAGUCUCAAAUGUUAAUAGUCACAAAACUGCACCAUCCUGAAGUUGUGAGCUGAUGACUUUUUAAAAUGGUAACAUUUUACAAUAUAAAAUAUUCAGAAUCAUGUGAAUAUCUCAAAUCUAUCAUUUUGAACACUAUAAGAACAGAGUUUGUUUAGUUGGAGAAAUACCAUUUAAAGAUCAGAAAGCGUUUUCAGAGUAAACAAGCCUACACCACAACUUAGUAAGAGAUCUGUGAAAAUCCCAUCUCCAAACCUAUAAAAGAUUAUACUAGAGAGAAGUUCUGCCUCAGUACAGGCAGAGCAGCUUACUCUGUAAUACCUAGUAAGGAUGACAGUUGUAGACUAAAUUGCAUCCUUGCAUAUCUGCUGUAAAGACACAUUGUACCUCCACCUAACUGUCUAGCUGAAUGUCCUAAGGGACGAAGUAUAUCCUGGGGCAUUAAAAGGAACAAAAGUUCACAUUCUCAACCACUUAGACAAAAUCAUUCUAGGAUAGUUGCUAUGUAUAACACUAUUGUGGCUGGCACGCCAAUAGCUGGUUCUUUCAAUUAAAGCUAUAUUCGGACUCAAUCAAUCAAUACACUACAGGUCUGAAACACAAUCUUUGUAGAUCAGGGGUCAGCAACCUUUCAGAAGUGGUGUGCCGAGUCUUCAUUUAUUCACUUUAAUUUAAGGUUUUGCCUGCCAGUAAUACAUUUUAAUGUUUUUUAGAAGGUCUCUCUCUAUAAGUCUAUAUAUUAUAUAACUAAACUAUUGUCAUAUGUAAAGUAAACAAGGUUUUCAAAAGGUUUAAGAAGCUUCAUUUAAAAUUAAAUUAAAAUGCUGGUCGUA